AUGAUUGACCACGUCCUGGGCCGGCCUUCGACCAAGUCGCGGCGCCUGCAGGUCCUCGCCGUGCUCUCCCUCUGGGGGCUGUACCUGCAAAAGGGCGGCAAACACGGACCCCCCGGCAUCCGACAUGUUUCUCAGUUCUUCAGCAGCCGCCUGACGUCGUGGCAGGUCUUUGUCAUGACCAUGAUCUACAUGUACGCCGCCCGCAACUUUUCCGCCCUCGUCGGCCUCGCCAGCCCCGAGCCCAUGGCCAACAUGUACGACACGACCUACUUCCGCGCCACCUGGGUGCUCACGGCCAUGGACGCCGGCUUCUGGACCGCCAUGAAGAUUCGCGCCAAGUGGGCGCGCGACAUCGCGAGCGUCGUCUUUUCCAUCUUUUACCUGUUUGCGGCGGAGCGCGCCGACGAAAAGGUGCGCAAGGUGAGGGGCAUGAUCACCGUCGAGCACAUGCGCGUGGCGUGGAACAAAGGCACCACGCCCUACUUGCGCGUGCUGCAGAGCUUGAUGCGCCCGCGCUUUACGAAAUGGCCCCCGAGACAGGUCCGCAUCCCGCGACCCGCGAAUAGCGACUACAAGGAGCCCGUAUCGGCGUGGCUGUACUUUGACGGGCCGUUGGCCGACCUGGCCGACCACACCCGCCUGAUUCUAGAUAUCCCCGGUGGCGGCUUCGUGGCCAUGGACCCGCGCUGCAACGACGACAAGCUCUUUGCCUGGGCGACCAAGUCUGGCUUGCCGAUCCUGAGCCUCGACUACAAAAAGGCGCCCGAGUUCCCUUACCCAUAUGCGCUCAACGAAGUGUUCGACGUUUACUCUACGCUGAUCCGGACGCGCGGCAAAUGCAUCGGCAUGUCGGGCGAGCACAUUCCCAAGAUUGUGAUUACGGGCGACAGCGCGGGCGGCAACCUCAGCGUCGCGGCCACGCUCAUGAUCCUCGAGACGGCCAGCACGCCGUUCCGCAAGACGCCCCGCGGCAGCACCCUCCCGCCGCCCGACGGCCUCGUGUGCUUCUACCCGGCGCUGGACAUGAACAUUGGCAACUGGAUGACGGAUGAGCAAAUGUCGCUGAUUCGCGACCGCAAGUUCCGCAAGACGAACCGCGCCAUUGUGCGCAAAAAGAGCCGCCAGUACACCGACGUUGUCGGCACGCCGUACCACUCGGAAGACGAGGACGAGGCGUCGCCCAAGGACAACGCCGUCGACGUGAGCAGUAAUCCCAUGGACCAGCUGAAGGGAUCCCGCCCCGAGUUCUCGCACAGCGGCCCGCAGACGCUCAGCGCCCCGACGUCGCCGGCGGCCACGACGGCGACCGUCUCGCACCACCCAGAACCCAUGAAGACGCGCCUCGCCACGUCGUCGAUGAUUUCCUACGUCAACGACCGCGUGCUCACGCCCGAGAUGAUGCGCGCCAUGAUCAUCCUCUACAUUGGCGAGCACAACCGGCCCGACUUUUCGCAGGACUACAUGCUGAGCCCCGUGCUCGCCCCCGAGUACCUCCUCGCCAAGUUCCCCAAGACAUACUUUAUGACGGGCGAGCGCGACCCCCUCGUCGACGAUACCGUCAUCUUUGCGGGCCGCUUACGCCGCGCCAAGGAGACGACGCGGUCCGGCCUCUUCUCCGAAGAAGAGCUCGACGCGCAGGCCGACACCUCGCCCGAAGUGGUGCUCAUCCCCGGCGCCUCGCACGGCUUCAUGCAGUUUCCGGGCAUCUACCCGCCGUCGUGGCGGCACUUUGAGCGCAGCGCCGAGUGGUUCGACCAGCUGUUUGUCGAGGCCGAGGAGGCGCGGCAGUCGCACGUGCGGACACGACGGGUAUCGCGCAACGAGGAGGCAAGUCGCAGAAAAGCGGCGGCCGCGGAGUCGAGUGGCGACGAGGACAGGCCGUUGGAGAUUAGCAUGACGAAGCUGACGAGAGGACGGAGCGCGACGGCGGAUAAGAAGGAGGGAGCGGAAGAGCAGGAAGAUGCGGAGGCGGAAGAGACUGAGGAGAAGCCGAAGCGCAAGAUUAAGCAGAACAAGAGCCUGCUGAAGCUCAAGAGCACGGAUGACCUGCUGGGACGGCGCAUGGCGGGCGUGGCGAGCGGGUUGACGGGCACGGGCGAGGAGGAUUGA